UUUGCCUUCAAUCUUUUUUAAGUGUCUUGUCAGAAAACGAGCUAUUUAAGAGUAGCAUGAUCUAGUCAUAAACCAACUAGCUUUAACUUAAAACAAGAUAGGCACGGUGUGUUGAUAAGUUGUCAGGGGACGUGUAACGUUAUUCAUUACGGAAACGGUUAAGAAGCAAGGAGAAGAUGGCGGAAAAACAGGUUUUGUUUUGAGACUGCAGCUUGUGAGUCGGAUGAAACUAACCGUACAGAAAGAUCCUUUCAAGCAGAUGAAGGAUCUCAACCAGCUCAAGAAUCAACUGGAAGAUAUCCAGAAGCGUGUGGAGACCGAAUUUGCAGCAGGAAUUCCACAGGGGGGCUCUGUGCUGGCAUCUCCCUUUUUGAAGGGGUUCCUGGCCGGGUACGUGGUGGCCAAGCUCCGCUCCUCAGCUAUCAUAGGAGUGCUACUAGGAACAUUGACAGGCAUCUAUGCUGCACAGAACUAUCAGGUGCCCAACAUUGACAGCACUCUGAAGGACUAUAUGAGUUUGUUUAGAAAAGGACCAAAGUAAUGGGAAGAACCAGGCCUAGGCGUCAUCUUCUAACUGCCUGAGGUUAAGGACACAACCACCACUUCUGUAGAUGAUCCCUUUUCAGAGGCUCUCUAUUGUGUAUACAGCACAAAGAAAAUGUGGCUUUUGACGUGUCCGUUGAGGGGUCCAGUGUGAAAGCCUCGGUUUGUUUUGGGUUUUGUUCAAAGGUUAAAGCGUAAAUCUACAUUCAGUUCCCUGGGAACAUCUGCUAUUCUCUCUGCUGUUCCCUGUGAAUCAGAUUAUAAAGUGUGUAAAAGGUGAUAAGGUUCUGUUCUUUGAGUGUAAGGUUACAUUGCAGGGAUAUUUGACUGCUUGCCUUAAAGUUGCCAAAUACAG